AUGAAGCUUAACCUUAAGCCUAAGGGUGGAACUCAUGGUUUUACUCUGAAGUUUUUGGUUGAGAAGGCCAUUAGGUUUACUGAUGUUAGGAGUUGGAUAGCUUUCAAUGUUGUUUUCGCUUUGCUCAUCUAUAUGAGUAUGUUGUUUCCUAGUAUGGAAGACUUUGUGGACCUUGCAUCUAUUCACAUCUUCCUGUCCAAGAAUUUGGUUCCUACGCUGCUUGCUGACACUUAUUACUUUAUUCAUAUGAGGACUCAGAAGAAGAAGGGUCCUUUCAUCGAGAACAAGGACAAUCUCAAGUGGUCUCAGAUUAUCAUGUCUCUGACCACUUAUGAUAUUUUGUGGCACGCUACAACUUAUGAUGAUGUCAAGGUUAUCCUGAAUUGUGGAAGUUUCCCCAAUGUACCCCUCAUAAGUACAAAGGGUGGAGUCAACUACAAUCCAAAGUUAGCUUUACGUCAGUUGGGUUAUCCGUUGUUAUACAAGCCAGAUUCCGAGCAUGUGGAGGAGUUUGUUUUGUGUGAAAGGGUUGACAAUCCGGAGUUGCCAAGGAAGAUUAUUAGAUCUUGGAGAAAAGUUUUUCGUCAAGGAAGAUCUGAGUUAGGGAAGAAGAAUUGUAUUGCCAAGGAAGUCUACACGUAA